AUGUUUGAGCAGUGGAGACUUUCAAUUGCACAAAACGAUUUUCCUUUAUUUGUCGAACUUAGCCAAUUACAGAAUAUAGAAACAGUAAAAGGUGGUGGCCAAAUUCGAGUCCGUGACUACAUAUUCGAUGAUUUAAACAUUUUUUUUUAUUGCAUUUUCUAUCGACGUCCUAUAUUUGUAGAACAUUGCUUAUCAGAAGGAGUUAAUGUAAACAUUACUACUUCUAAUGGUUGGUCGCCAUUAUUCAUUGCAAUUGCGCUUGAAUAUGCAGAAAUUGUCGAAAUUUUAAUAUUUUACGGAGCAAAUAUCAAUACACCAAAUAAAUACGAUAUAACACCCCUCCAAUUUGCAAUUCAAAUGAAAAAUAUCGAAAUAGUCAAAAUUAUUUUGAAAUCGAGACAACAAGUUACAGAUUUAGCAAAUACUUUGGCAUCAGCUAUAGUUUACGAUCAAACUGAGAUUGUAGAAAUAUUAAUUAAAAUGGGAGCAGAUCCAUUUACGAUGACUAAAAAGGGAGUACCUGCAAUUCAACUAGUGUCACCUACUCAGAUCAACAUUUUACACGCAUUUUCUAAUAGAGAAUCUGAUGAAGAUAGUUGUUCUUAUGAAGAGUCAUACGAAGAAGAAAUUUCGGAACCAGAAGAACCACAAAAGGCCGAAGAAAAAGAAACAACAGAAAUGAAAGAAGAUGAAAAUACUGAAAAACAGUCAGAAACAAAACAAGAAAUUCCUAAUUUUUCACCUGAUUCAAUGUCAUUGAAUGAGCUAUUAGAAAUGGUCAAGGUUAAGCCUUUUCCACCUAUUACACCAACAUAUCCAAUAGAAUUUUUAUAA